AUGACAAUAUUAUCGACGAAGAAGCAAGCAAACGAUCGAGAUAACCGGAAAGAUGAAAAUAACUCGCAGCAUAAUCAUGGCAGCCAUCGUUUAUCGACGUCAUCAUCAGCAGUAACUGCGAGUACCCGCUCACGACAAUCAAUUGAUGAUGUUCAAAAUCAACAACAACAACAACAACAACAACAGCAACAACAGUUGUCAGGUACUGGACAAACAGAAACAGACGAACCAUCUCCAUCAUUACUUAAUACUUCUGCAUCUAAACGUAAAACACGUUCGUCGCCACAUCGUGCCGCACGUCGUCAACGUGGGAAUAAUACUUCAAAUAAUAAUAAUAAUAAUAAUAAUAAUAGUAAUAAUAAUAAUAAUAAUAAUAAUAACGCGAGUGGUUCACAAAGUGGUGGAAGUAAUGUUGGGGCGGGAUCAAACACUCCUUCUAGUUGUAAUUCUACUUCAGGAAAUUUAAUUCAACACACAACAAUGCAACAGCAACAUCCGUCGAGUUCGAGUUCAUCAAAUUAUCAUUGGAAGAAAGAUGUACCAUGCUCAUCGACAACAGAUACAAAUUGUGAUGAAUAUUCUCAAUGCAACAGUGAAGAUGAAUAUGAGCAAACGACUUUUAAAUACGAUAAAAAUAAUUUGAAUGACCUUGAAAUGCGUUUUGUUCGAGCACUCAAAGAAAAGAAAAGUUUUGUGAUUAAACCAAUUAAAGAAGAUGGAGCCUGUCUAUUUCGUGCUGUUGUUCGUCAGAAAUGUAUGGAUUAUAUUGUGAAAAAUGCUGAUUUUUUUCGAAGUUAUAUAACCGAAGAUUUUGAUCAUUAUGUGACUAGAAAACGUAAACAGAAUUGUCAUGGAAAUCAUAUCGAAAUGAUAGCAUUAUCUGAAUUAUACAAUAGACCAAUUGAAGUAUAUGAAUAUAGUACAGAACCCAUCAAUACCGUGCAUGGCAUGUAUAAAACCGAUAAUGAACCAAUCCGAUUGAGUUAUCAUUGUGGCAUUCAUUAUAAUUCUGUAAUUGAUCCAUGGAAACCAGUUUCAUUGGACCAUGGAUCUGUGAGUACUUACGUAUAUGUCUUAUAA